AUACAUUUGAGCAUGAUAUACAUCAUAAAUCUACCAUUCUAAAUAGUGUGCUUAUAUGACAAUAAUUCAGAUAUUUCAGAGUCCUGAAGAAGGGACUGUAUUUGUAGAGCAAUAAGAAUCAUGAUUUUUAAAAAAGUUACUAUUCUGCACUUCCUUUACUGUGAAAGAUUUUGUUUGCAGGUGUAUAGGAUAGCUUCUAAUUUGUCCUGCUCAAAUCUGGAUAUGUAGAACUGGUAAAAAUUACACAACAAAUAUGGGUUACUAAGGUAGAGUGAGAAGAAAUUUUGUAAAACCCGUUUUUUUUUUGUUGAUUUUUCUAAUAUGAAGAGGACAGCCAUUAGUUUCUGUUAUUAGUUUAAAAAGAUCUGUCAAGAUAGUAAAUAUGUGUAUUAUUGCAUAAUUCAUGACAAUACACAGUGCCUCAGCUCUAGUUAUACUAGUCCAUUUAGGAAUAGGAACAUCAGACAAGCCUUUGUUUCCUAAUAUGUAAAGGAUCAGCUCUGGAAUAGUUAGACUGCUUCUAAGUCUGUUUUCACCAUCAACAUCAGAAAAGCUGGGUAGACAUUACAAACAUCUGUUGAAGAUUCCACAUCACUUUCAGUGAUUUCAGGAGCACUAGUAGUUUGAAAAAGAAAAUAUAUUUUCAGUUUCUAGCAUAGAUAUGCGUAACACAUUCAUUUACACUUCAGAGAUCAAUAUUCAUGUCAGAUGCUUUUGUUUUGUUUUAGUAGAAGCACUUUAAUAAUGCAAAGUAAUAUCAUAUAGAGUAUUUAUGGGCAUAUAUGCAUAUUUAACUAAAAUAUGUAUGAUGAUGCACAUUAGUAUCAUUGGCAAUGCAGCUAAAAUUUUUAGAGUGCUACGUGAUGUACUUGUGCAUCACCUAUGUUUUAUAUCUUGUUAUGGUUUUUGGUAAGGAUAAAUCAUAGUCAUGGGAAUAUCUCGUUUGAAUAUGUCCCAUAUGAAGCAAUAACCCUAAAAAGGCUUUCAGCUCAUCAAGAAUAAUAUUGUUCUGUUGUGUAAUGUAUGAAUUUUCAUAUGCUCCAUGAAAACAUAACUCUUCAGAAUAUGCAUUGUUUUAAUAACUAAAAGGUUGUAAAACUCCUCAUUAGUAAACAAAGAGAAAAAACUGAAUGGAGUGUCAACUUUUAACCUUGGAGUUCCACUAUAUUGCUGUACCAGCAUCACUAGGCCUUGCACUAGGCUUGCUGUAUUCAUUUUCAAGUGAUGAUUCAUUCAGUUAUAUUGAAGGAAUUUUAUUCUUUGUUAUCAAUGUCACUUUCUUCAGUUGAAAAAUACUUGUUCUUACUUUCUGAGAAAGACAAAUUCUCCAAAUUGUCUAAUAAACAGUAAUAUAUUUGUCACCAUCAGAGUUUCUGUGAGACUUUGAAUUCUUCUUCUAGGCAUCUUUGAAUCAUCACUAUUUUUAUCCAUUUUGUGAAAGCCAACCAGAAAAUAUAUGUAAAAUAUACUUUAAAAUCAAGCAAAAUAUCUACAAUAGGAGACGUAUCAUCAAGUGCCAUCAGAGCAGAACUGACCUCUAAUGCACGCUGACUCCAACUAAAUGAGGUGGUUUAUUAUUCUAAAAUUCAGUUAUCAGUCUCUAAAGAUGUUUGGUCAAAAGAAAGAAAAGGAAUAAAUUGUCGAGUGACAAACUGUAACAAAGGUUUUGAUGUAUUUAUCUUGAACCUACAAACAGCUUAAGUUUCAUCUACCACAAUAUAAACUUUUAAUGAUAUCAAAUGAAUAUUAAUGUGUGAAGUAAUUACUGAAAAUUUCAACAAAAUAUUUGUUUGGGGAGGUGUGUAAAAUGCAUAGAAGAAAAAUAUCUAUGUCAUAUGAUAUUUGUAGACAAGAUUUGUUUUCAGUAUUUGGACCCUCAUAGGAUAACACAUUCAGAUGAAAAAUAUUUCAUUUAUGAUGUAUGUAGCACCAAGUUUUAACCACAAGACAAAUUUGAAUAGACGUAAAGUUCAUGAUAAAACUGUACAAUUCUUGUGUCUUGCUUGUAAUAAAUCUUUUCAGUCAUCUCAUGCCUUAUCUAAACACAAGAAAUACCAUGCUAUUAAUAAGUCCUUUAAAUGUUCCUACUGUGGCAAAGAAUUUAGUGAAAAUAAAGCUCUAAACAUUCAUAAUCGAAUUCAUAGUGGUGAGAAGCCUUACAAGUGUGAAUUAUGUGACAAAAGAUUCACGCAACGUGGCCAUCUUACAACUCACAGGAGGACACAUACUGGUGAAAAGCCUUAUGUAUGUACUGUCUGUGGUAAAGGUUUUACAACCAGUUCCUCAUUAAACACACAUACACGAGUUCAUACAGGUGAGAAACCUUUUGGCUGUGAUUUUUGUGGCCAAAGAUUUGCAAGAAAUGCUAAUUUGUUACGACACAUGCUUGUACAUUCAGAUGAAAAAAAGUUUGAGUGUAAUCUUUGUGACAAAAAAUUCAAGGAAAAAUCAUCUUUGAAAACACAUGUAAAAACUCAUUCAGGAGAAAGACCCUUCAAGUGUGAUAGUUGUGGCAAAGCAUUCACAAUAAAAUCGUAUCUUACUGCUCACAAAAAAAUACAUUGGGGUGAAAAUGCUUAUAAAACCCUCUCGGGGGAAAAGUCCUUUAAAUGUGACAACUGUGGUAGAGCAUUUAUGUUAAAAUCACAUCUUUCUACACACAAAAGAAUACAUUGGGGUAAGAAAAAUUACAAUUGUGUUAUGUGCUGUAAAGAUUUCUGUAAGGAUUCUAGUUUGCAAAAGCACAUCAGAAUGACUCACAGAAAUGAUGUUAGGUUUGUGUGUAGCUUAUGUGGAAACAACUUCUCAUGUAAAGUUUAUCUGAUUAACCAUAUGCAAGUUCACAGUGGUGAAGAAGGACCGUUUACAUGUAAUAUGUGUGGUGAAAUGUUUGAAGAUCUUUCAUCUUUAGUGAAAGACAUGAUGUCUCACACAGUGAAUACACAGUUUGUUUGUAAAGUGUGUGGGAAGGAGUUUUCUUUUUAUGGAAAUCUUGUAUAUCAUAUGAGAAAACAUCCAGGUGAAAACCCUUUUCAGUGUUUUAUGUGUGAUGAAACCUUUAUGAGUGUUUUGUAUUUGAGAAAGCACAUAGCAAAGUAUCAUGGUGACAAAGCUCUUCACACAUUGUGUAUAAACACUAACUUCGCAGGUGAUAUGGGAAUCAGUAUAGAAGAAUCACAAACUACAGGUACUUCUGUAGCAUCUGAAGAAGAAACAGAACAGUUAAAAGGAGUUGUGAUAGAACCAUUAGUUAAACUAGAGAUCAUGGAUGAUUGGUAUCAAAAUGAGUGUGAUAAAAUAUACAUAGCUAGUACUGAGUUAGAAGAUGGACAGCAAAGAGUUCAACUUGAAAAUGAAGAACAAGAAUAUGAAGAUGUUUAUUCAGAAGUUGAAUUAGAAAAUCAAGAGCAAAGGACAGAAGUCAAAUUAAAUGAACAGUAAGUGAAUUGGUGAAGAAAAUCAUACAUCUGUUAUGGUACCAUAAAAUGUAUAAUUAAAUGUAAUGCAACAUUUUGACAAAUAUUUAUUAUAAUUAGGAAAUUGUGAUUUCACAGUUUUUCACUUUGUAACAUAUUAGGAGCAUUGUAUCUUUGUUGAAAGGAUGAAAGAAAAUGUUUUCAACUUUAUAUCCUCUAACAUAGUACAUGUUCAUUUUGUACCAUACUUAGAAUUAAGAAUAAGAAAAAUGUUUCUGUACAAAUAAUUGAUGUAUUUUACUGGGAAAAGUUGUAAAUGGUCAGGCAACAUGAACCAAUUUAUUAGCAAAAUAAACUGUUGAUUUAGUCUGAAGUAUAAGAUUUUAUUAAAAGCUGGUCUUUAAAACUAUGUAAUAUUAUAAAUUAAGUAAUUCUAAUAUUUCACAAGUUAUUUUAUUCUAAAACAAUGCAGGGAACAUGAUGCUUAAUGUAGGAGGGUGUUAUGUACUUGGCAAGUUAGGUGUCACUCAUCUUGUCCAAAGCAAUUUAAUUUGAACAUAUGCCUUAAUAAUGGCUGUGCCCAUCACUUUCUAGAAAUGUUCUUUAAUCACUGGUAGUUGAAAUUAAAAGCAAACAAGAGUUUUACUAGACAGUGACACAAAUUAUGGUAAUGAUGUAUUUAAAUGUGAAAUAUUUUUGUUAUUUAGAAAGAUAGUCAUUAUAAGAGUUAUUGGCUCGUGGUAUUCUCAGUUAAAACAGAUUUUUCAAAAGAAUAAAUAAUGUCAGUCCACCAUAUAACAGUAUAUUUGGCAAGUUAUAUUGCAAAGUAAACUGAAUUUGCAAAAACAAGAGUCUGUGCUAAGACAACUAGACUGGACAGUGUGUAUUAUACAAUGUAACAAUCUGUUUAAAUAUCACAAAGCAACAGUGUGUGUAUGUAUAUGGCACCUUUGAAUGGAGGACAGUCACCUUUAGUUGAAAGACGUAUUGAUCAGGCUGGUACUACUCCUUCAAGACAUUUUCAAGUUGACCAACUCACUCAAGAUGAUGCAUCAGACUGCCUAAAGCUCACAUUACUUAGGUAAGUUAGUAAUGUCUGGUUAUUUCCAUUCAAACAUAAGGAAGGCUUGUAACCUCAAGAAAACACCUGAUAUACCAUUAGAGGACACUGCUUUUGACCUUUAUGACAAGGUGCAGUUUUACGAAUAUACGCUUCAUGGGUAAACCAGAUGUUAUCUCUGGGGGAUGAAGAACAAAUAUAGAUAGAAUGAAAGCAAUUUGAUAACUUUCUUGAGAAUGUGUUAUGUGAAAACCACACAUACCCUUUGAAUAAUUUGAAUAAAAUAUAGUAAAAAUUGCAUAGUAUGCCUGCAUACCACAGAUGUCAGUCAAAAUCUACCUCUUGGAAAGAUGCUGUUAUGUUCUCAUCCAUUUAGGUGUUUACUAUAACAUAACUGUUGUGUUACUUUAUAUAUCUAUCUGUAAUAAUAUGUUAAUAUAGGUAGAUGUACAUAAAAAUUGUGACAUGAGCAAAAAAAAACAAAGUUUUAUUUAAAGAAAAUUAGGUACAUUUUCUGACAACUGUGUAGCAUAGUUAAGGAAAAGUUUAUUAUAUUUACUAAAAUUAAAGUUUUUAGCAUAUAGAAGUGUACUAAAGUCUUAAGUAAUAUUAUAUGUAUUACUUUUUUUCUUGUUUUUUAACUUUAAGGUAGCAUAUACCCUUUACAUAGUGUUAUCUAGGCUUUGGCCUUUUUAUCAGAAAAUAAAUGCUUUUUGUAUGAAAAUAUAUUGAAAUAGGUACAAAGAUAUAUUCUGGCAUAUGUUGUGUAACAUUACCAUUAUAGCUAUUUUGCAUAUUAUAAAUAUAAAGAAAUACAAAAGAAAUGCCUUAUGCUCCUGAUAACUUCUACACACAUGACUGGAUGCACCAGAAAAUGGAUCCAGACUUUGAUGGGAUGUGUAAAUUACUCUGAACUAAGGAAAACUGAAAAUUAAUUCAAGGUCUUAAAUUAUAGCACUAUUGAGUAUGCCCGAAGUAGGACAUAUGCUACAGUGACUCAUUAAUGGUCAUUUAAUAAAAAUCAAACCUCUUAUCAACUUUACCUUAGUACACACUAUAGAUACACUAAUAAUACAUAAUUGUGUCAAGUGUAAAGUCUAUAACAUCAACAUAUCUGAAGUUAUGAGUUAAAAAAACACUAUGAGAAUGUCAGUUGUCAGAUUUUGAGAAAAUGUGUUUGAGAAUUAGGUGCAAAACUGUCACUUUUUAAGAUCUUUAUCUAGUUGGAAAAGUAUACCACAUCCUGCAAAUUGUGAAACUUGCACCCUUACUAUGUUUCUGGGUAUUAAAGGGUAUAUGCUACUUUAAGUAAAUGAAUUCUGUUGUAAAAGUUUAUAAGUUGUAUAUUUUCCUUAAGGUCUUGUAUCAAAUUAUUGUUUAUGUUGAUUGUGUAAUGGAAUUUGCUGUUACUGUAAUUAUAAUCACUGUAUUGUCUUGAGUAUAUGUUAAAUGUUUGGUAAGUA